UUAUUCUUCCAGCUCCAGGUGACCGUUGCGCCCCCCGACCCUUUUUAAUUCGGCUCCCUCCCGACUCCCAGACGAAGACGGCAUCCGCAAGCCACAUAGGGAUACUCCACUCCGCAUCAACAUAGUAGCAUCUCAUCAAAAUCUGUUCCUCAACCUCAUUACGUAUUUCCUGGGCUGGGGGGAUUGGAUUCCUUCCUACCGCCCUCCCAAGGAAGCUUGCAGAUUAUUUGCAACGCAAGGGAACGGAAGCCGCCGGCGAUCCAGGAGGAAGACGAGGAGGAGGAAGCAGCAAGCUCCUCCCCCAAGCCCAAGUCUACUUUGCUUUUCUUCUUCCCCUCGCCUAAUCCAAUCUCAAUCCAUCCAAGGUGAUUGCUUCCAUCCAAGGUGUUAUCUGGCAAGCUAUUUAGAGGGCAAACAUGGCUACGAUUUCUGACAUAGGCGUCUCCGCGGCUUUCAACAUAGUGACUGGCAUUGUAUUCUUGCUGGCAUUUGCAUUCCUACGGUUGCAGCCCAUCAACGAUAGGGUAUACUUUCCAAAAUGGUACCUCCGAGGCAUGAGAGACAGCCCCAUUUCCUCCGGUUCAGCUGUGAACAAGUUUGUCAAUUUAGAUGCAAGAUCGUACUUGAAAUUUUUAAAUUGGAUGCCGGCUGCUCUUAAGAUGCCCCAGGACGAGCUGAUCAACCAUGCAGGUCUUGAUUCUGUUAUCUAUCUACGGAUAUACCUAACAGGGCUAAAGAUAUUUGUUCCAAUUACGUUCUUGGCUUUUCUUGUUCUGGUCCCAGUGAACUGGACCAACGACACCCUAGAAAGCAUGAGGGUUGUCUUCAGUGAUAUUGACAAACUUUCAAUAUCCAAUAUACCUAAUGGAUCGAAGAGGUUUAUAGCUCACUUGGCCAUGGCUUAUUUCAUCACAUUUUGGACCUGCUAUGUAUUGUUGCGGGAGUAUGAAAUAAUAGCAAAAUUGAGGCUGCGCUUUCUUGCUUCAGAGAAACGCCGACCAGACCAGUUUACUGUUCUUGUACGGAAUAUACCACCAGAUCCUGAUGAAUCAAUAAGUGAGCUUGUGGAACAUUUCUUCCUUGUCAAUCAUCCUGAUCAUUAUCUAAGACACCAGGUGGUUUACAAUGCAAAUAAACUUGCUGAUCUGGUUGAAAAGAAGAAGAAGAUGCGGAAUUGGUUCGAUUACUACCGAUUCAAGUAUGAGCGAAAUCCAUCAGAGAGGCCCACCACCAAGACCGGCUUUCUUGGAUGUUUUGGUUCCAAGGUGGAUGCUAUUGACUACUACAAAUCAGAGAUUGAGAAGAUAGGGAAGGAAGAAGCUGAAGAGCGUAAAAAGGUCAUGAAGGAUCCAAAGUCAGUUGUGCCAGCAGCCUUUGUUUCGUUUCGGUCUCGGUGGGGUGCAGCAGUCUGUGCUCAGACCCAGCAAACCAGCAAUCCAACCAUCUGGUUGACUGAAUGGGCUCCAGAACCUCGUGAUGUGUAUUGGAAUAAUCUAUCUAUCCCAUUUGUUUCCCUAACAGUUAGGAGGUUGAUAAUUGCCGUGGCAUUCUUCUUCCUUAAUUUCUUUUAUGUCAUCCCAAUAGCAAUGGUACAGUCUCUUGCAAACCUUGAAGGAAUAGAGAAGGCACUUCCAUUUCUAAAACCCUUGAUUGAAGUACCAUUCCUUAAAUCAUUCAUCCAAGGGUUUCUUCCUGGAAUUGCUUUGAAGAUCUUCCUUAUACUUCUUCCAACUAUACUGAUGUUUAUGUCUAAGUUUGAAGGACUGAUAUCACAGUCAUCGCUGGAGCGGCGAUCUGCAUCUAAGUAUUAUAUAUUCUUGUUCUUCAAUGUAUUUUUGGGGAGCGUUAUUACAGGUUCUGCUUUGGAGCAGCUUAAGACCUUCCUCCAUCAGUCAGCAAAUGACAUACCGAGGACCAUCGGUGUAUCCAUUCCAAUGAAAGCAACUUUUUUCAUAACAUAUGUAAUGGUUGAUGGCUGGACUGGUAUAGCUGGUGAAAUAUUGAGAUUGAAGCCACUGAUAUUCUACCAUUUGAAGAACUUUUUCUUGGUUAAAACUGAGAAGGACAGAGAAGAGGCAAUGGAUCCUGGCAGUAUCUGCUUUGACUCAAAUGAACCUCGAAUACAGCUAUACUUCUUGCUUGGCCUUGUUUAUGCUGCGGUGACACCAUUUUUGCUUCCUUUCAUACUGGUAUUCUUUGGAUUUGCAUAUGUUGUCUACCGCCACCAGAUAAUAAACGUGUACAAUCAGCGAUAUGAGAGCGGUGCACAGUUUUGGCCAAGCGUUCAUGGGCGUAUCAUCACAGCGUUGAUCGUAUCUCAACUGAUUCUCCUUGGACUAUUGGGUACAAAGGGUUUCGAGGAGUCAACGCCUGUGCUUCUUGUUCUUCCUGUGUUGACCUUUUGGUUUUACAAGUACUGCAAGCACCGCUACGAGCCUGCUUUCAUAAGGAACCCACUGCAGGAGGCGAUGCGGAAGGACACUCUGGAGCGUGCUCGGGAUCCCAACUUGGAUGUGAAGGCGUACCUGGCGAAGGCGUACCUGCACCCAGUGUUGAAGGGCGACGAGGAUGAGGACAAGCACUCGGUGGUGGACGACGAUGGGUGGAUGGGGGAGGAGGUGAUGGUGCCGACGAAGCGGCAUUCCCGGCGGACGACGCCUGCACAGAGUAGGCAAGAGGAAUCGGACUCGCUGUCUGUGCAUGAACGAUAGCAAGCUCAGCUCAGCUCUGCUCUGCUCUGCU